AUGGAGGCAUCUGCACAGAGGGAGGGAGUGCAGGAGAUGGGAGAACAGGCAUCUAUCUCCAAAGCCGCAAACCAGCUGCAGACGGUGCCAUCCAUUGCAAGAGAUGCAAACAUGGACCACACAGACAGGGGUGCAUCCAUGGAUGCCACCCCAGCUGGUGCGCCUGAGUUAGGCUGUCAUGAUGGCAUGCUGUCACAGUCAGCCAGCGCGGCGCAGUUGCCAUUGGGCUAUGUGUAUGUCCCUUCACGCCCCAUUGCCGAGUGCCUUGCCUGCGACAUCUGCAAGGACAUCCUCAAGGACCCCCACACCUGCCUCGUGUGCCUGCACACCUACUGCUUCGCCUGCAUCUGGGACAAGAUCGAGCUGGGCAAUGCCGCCAACAAGUGCCCAGUAGAUGGCUGUGGGCAGCCUGAUGUCAACGGCCUCCGGGCCACCAUGCUGGGUGCCAACCCCUUUGGCGAGGAGAAGCAGACACUGCGACACGAUGCCGCACUGAAUGCGAUCAUCGUGAAGAUCUUUCCAAGGCCCGGGCUGGACGAGCGGCUUGAAGAGGCGCGGCUGAAGAGGGAGGAGCAGUACAGAUGCGAUGUGAGGGAUGCGGAGCUGAGGGCCAUGCGCAGACACUCGUCGGGCAGGCUGACCGGCGCGAAAGCCACCCCCAGGGCGGGUCGCCAGGCAGGCAACAGCAGCAGCCAUGCCGGGGGAACCCCAGGGCUUGUACCUGCAGCAACGCCGGCUGCUGGCGAAGGCAACCCCACCACAGCUGCUCCCCGUGCUCACAGAGCCGAUGCUGGGAAGCUGGGAGUGCAGUCCAGGGCGCCUGGAGUUGAAGAUGAGUGGAUGGAAUUCAGCCCGAGGCACAACCUGAGGCAGACUGCAGAUCGCCUUUGCCGCAAGUCACUGGAGAGGCAGAUGAGUAUGCAGUGGGAGGACUCCCCCGCAGCAGAGUGCAGGCCUGGGACCUCAUCCCCCGCUUCCACAACAAAGAGGCGGCCUUCGGAGGCCUCGGAUGGGGUUGGCACAGGCAAGAAGAAAAAACAAGGGUCAGGGUCAUGGUCACCUUCACCCACCAAAAAGGAGUCCACUGUAGCCAUUGCCGUAUUCCCUGUGGACUUCUUCCACUCUGAGAGAAAACUGCCAGCGCUCGAGUUCAGCUACUUUCGUGUGCCGCUGAGCAUGUCCGUCGCAGGGGUUGGCGAGCUUGUGGAGAGCGAGCUUGCGUUGGGCGGGCAGCAGAUCGAAGGCGGCCUGGAUUUGAUCUGCAGGGAGCGGCACCUCGACCGCAUGCAGGAUGCAACCCUCAAGGUGGUUCAAGAAGAAAUAUGGACAAAAGGAGAGGCGGAAGAGGAGUUGCUCACAUUUUACUUCGCUGCCAAAGGUGGAUGA